GCUUCAGUUGUAGUUUAACGUUCUAGCAGUAGGUUGAAAGUCAGAUUCGAGUCCCAAAAAGGAUAUAGUUUAGUGGUAGAAUGUAUUAUAUUAUUGGAUUGCUCAGCCUGCUGGCCUUGGGAGCGAGUGCGGCUCCUACGGAUAAAAACUACUUUGCUGAUUUGCCAAAGUGCUCGACUGAGGAGAAUCAGCUGGGGGAGUGCGUCAAGCAGAUAUUUAACACACUGACUCCGCGCCUCAAAGACGGCAAUCCAGAGCUGAGAAUCGAGCCCUACGAACCUCUGCACCUCAACCGAACCAGCUUCCAAUACACCAGUGGCAAUGUUAAUGGUCGGAUUACCAUUCGGAAUGCCAAUAUCUACGGCUUCUCCGCCAAUCGGGCCAAAGAGGUGUCCGUGAAACUCAAUGGCGACAAGGUGAAACUCCGUCUGGUCACCGAAAUGCCCAAGUUGAACAUUGUGGGCAGCUAUAAGGCCGACAUGCAGGUGAAUCAGCUGCAGUUGAAGCCCAAGGGUGAUUUUAACGUAACGCUUAUGGAUGUGGAGGCCACAACGUUGACCGAUGGUGAGAUCUACGAGAAGGAUGGCCAUCGGUAUUUCCGAAUGAAGAAUAUCGAAACGAAGCCAAAGAUUCGGGAUCUGGUCAUCAAGGCAAACGGAAUAUUUGCAGAUCCAGAACUGGAUCAAAUAGCUCUGAAUGUGGCUAAUCAGUAUUGGCGCGAUAUCUACGGCAUAAUGCUGCCUGAGACCCGACAGUAUUGGCAACCCCUUUUGUUGCGAAUGUUCAACGAGGCAUUCGAACUGGUUCCCAUCGACCAGUUUAUCAAGGAGUAGCUCAAUUAGCCGAUGGAUUCCACUUGUGAUGAUUGUUGUUUAAUAGAAAAUAAAUUGUUCCAUUAGGUGCUAUUAAAUGAUAACAUUUGUUUAAA